GCUCUUUCUUGUCCUUUUCAUUUUAUAUAUUUUGCGUGCGCAAAAAAACAACAACAAAAUCCAACCAAGAACAAGAAGAAAAAUACACCAACUUUUAUAUGUCGCCUUGGUUAUCUUCGUCGGCGAAAACAGACAAACAGUCGUUUUUCAAUUCUCCUUCGGUUUGGUUUCUUGGAUCUCCUCGUAGUGGUGUCGCAGUCCGACUUUUGGAAUUAACGGGUUUCAUUAAAAACAAAAAAAUAGGUACUAUUUUGAUUAUAAUUUUUCUUUAACUCAAUUUUCUCGCUGGAAAAGAAAAAUCAACACGAAAACGGUUGAAAAAAAUUGAAACAACAAAAAAAAAAAACCAGAGAUAACAAAAGUUUAUUUUGUACUCUGUGCGUUUAUUUAUUUUAUAAGAAAAAAAGAAAAAAACCGAUGCGUGUUGAAUUGUGGUACACACCACAACAGGAUAACGAAUAAAAAAAAGAUUCCACAUUUCCAUUGCAUAGAUUACAAAAAAAAGUUAUUGCUCACAGAAAUUCAGGAAUUCCAAAUGUGUUUUAUUAUUUUCUUGUUGGAAUGUGAGUGAAUUUGUGCGUAGAUAAAGUUAUCACACAAAAAAAAUAAAAGUUACAGCUGAUGAGAUAGAAUUUGCUGGGAGCAAAUCAUUCAUCUGCUUCCGGAGGAUCUCUAAAUCCUCCUCCUUCUUCUCAUCCACCUGUGUGUAAAUCAGCAGACAAGGGCUCCUGAUAGAUAGAUUGGAGUACAAACCAUUAAAAGCAACCGAAGAAUUCUUUACUUUAAAAAUGUUUUGCUAGAAAAAUAAACAAACAACUUUAGAUUGGAGAGGUUGAGAAAGUGGACAAAACCUACUUUGAAAGAAGAAGCAAUCAAAAUCUAAUCGAUAUUAAUCAAGGAGAAACAAAAACCACCCUGCAAUGUCUUCAAGGUCUAAGGAAAAAGUUGCGGCAGCAAUUCGAAAACUAUUCAAAGGAAAUGACAAACAAUCGGAAGGUGCGGAAGGCAAUCAACCACCUGCUGCCAAUGGUGGUCCUUCGGGUUCACCUGGUCGCCGACUAAGAAGAGGUGUUUCACCAGCUUCAAGUAAAUCUACUUUGAAACUAAAUGAUUCCACAAUUCGAUCGAGACGACUGAUGAAGGAGUUUAGGGAAAUACAAAGAAUGCAAAACAGUGCCAUGGGUCCCAUAUUUACAGUCGAACUGGUGAACGACAAUCUAUACGAAUGGUAUGCUCGCUUGCAUAUUAUCGACCCGGAUUCACCACUAGCCGAGGACAUGGUCGAGCUGAACAUUCCAUUUAUCCUGUUACAUUUGGUAUUUCCGGAGAAUUUUCCCUUUGCCCCACCAUUCAUGAGAGUGGUUGAGCCGCGAAUAGAAAAAGGAUUCGUCAUGGAGGGUGGUGCAAUUUGCAUGGAAUUAUUGACGCCACGCGGAUGGGCAAGUGCCUAUACCGUCGAAGCAGUACUCAUGCAAUUUGCGGCUAGUUUAGUCAAGGGACAAGGUCGAGUAGCUAGGAAACCAAAAAGUACAAAAGAAUUUAGCAGGAGAUCUGCUGAAGAAGCUUUCAGGUCUUUAGUAAAGACGCACGAAAAAUAUGGUUGGGUAACUCCAGCACUAUCUGACGGCUAAAAUCUCUAAAUAAUAUUUGUAUUUGAAUGAUUUUUUUUUAAAUCUCUCUUUUUUUUUGUUUUAUUCUUUUAUUGAAAUUAGUUUUAAUCUUGAAAAAAAAAUGUGCAUUCGAUUCAGUGAAAGGUCAAGCCAGACCAACCAACAUGAAUUUCUGUUAAUUCUCUUUUUAUUGCAAUUUAAUUUAGGAAUUUAAAUUGUAAGAGUGUAUUUUUUGACUUUGUGUUGUAAACACACAAAAUAAUGAGAAUACCACAUCUGGAGCACAAGUCUUUAAGUCUCUCUCUUUCUCGUAACUAAGCUCGCAAUAUUUUUUUAAUUUUUAAGAAUCAUCUUUCAUUUUGAUCUCUUAGUUGAUGAACAUGUUUUUGCCAUAAAGAAAAAAAACAAACAAAAAAAUAAAA